CCCCGUUUGCGUUUCCGCCACCCUUUUGAAAACAAUAUGGCUCCACCCAAUCACCAACCACCCCGAACGCAAACGCUAACGCAAUCGCAGACGCAGAUUCCACCGCCUCUUCACAAGCGUAUAAACGUGGUCGGAUGCAUCAUCAUCGCCCUCUUAAUAUCCGCACUCCUCGUCGCCCUCGCCUUCUUCAUCACUUGGCUAACCCUAAAGCCGAAACGCCUCGUCUACACCGUCGAGGCCGCAUCUUUGCAAGACUUCUCCCUGACGAACAGCGAUCACCUGAACGCGAAAUUUGACUACGUUAUCGUAUCCCGCAAUCCCGAAAAACACGUCACGGUCAGGUACCAUUCCAUGCGAGUCUCGACGGCUCAUCACAACCAAUCAGUGGCACACCAAGAGAUCUCUCCGUUCAGGCAGCCGCCCAAGAACGAGACGAGGAUCGAAACCCUGCUCGUUUCAAAGAGCGUGGCUCUCUCGAAGUACAACGCCAAAGACUUGAGGGCCGAGAAAUCAAAGGGCGUGAUCGAGAUGGACGUUCACAUAACGGCGAGAGUUAGCUACAAGGUCGGGAUUUUCCGGUCUAGGAGACGGACGUUAAAGGCGGUUUGCUCGCCCGUUAUGCUCAACGUCACGUCGAAUUCGUUGGACGGGUUCGAGAGAACGGAUUGCGUAACUCGUCUUUGAUUGGACACGGCACGACGACGUAGAGAAACGACAUGUCCAUGCAUGCGUUGUUCUACUUGUCUGAAAACGCACGUGUUCUGUUAAAAUGUUUGAUAUUCGUUUUAUUUGUCUUGUAUCGGUGUGUUAUUUUUUUUUUAAAGUUGAAUAAAAGUUGUAGAUUAUCAAUGUAAUUAAGUUCGGUAAAAAAAAAACAAGUUUAAGAUUGGAAAUUUAGUCGUA